AAUGACGUCACCGGGGGCCGAAUCGGCAGUAGAAACUAGCAGCUACCGGAACUAGAACUCCACGUGGGUUUGGCGAUCUGCGAAAAAUGUCUGGACUGGAUCGUGUGGUCAAACCGAAAACAAAGAGGUCAAAGAGAUUUCAGGAACACAGGGAGCCUAAGCUCAACGAGAAUAUCAAAAAUGCCAUGCUCAUCAAAGGAGGCAAUGCUAAUAAUACAGUCACACAAGCACUAAAAGAUAUUUAUGCUAUAAAAAAACCAUAUGCUGUACUCUAUAAAAAGAAAAAUAUGACCAGACCAUUUGAGGAUCAGACCUCACUGGAGUUUUUUGCAAAGAAAUCAGACUGUUCCUUGUUCAUAUUUGGUUCUCAUAACAAAAAGCGGCCAAAUGACCUUAUUUUUGGUCGAAUGUAUGAUUAUCAUGUUCUGGAUAUGAUUGAGUUGGGGGUGGAAAAGUAUGUUUCAUUAAAGGAAAUUAAGAACUGCAAGUGUCCUGAAGGUACCAAACCACUACUUAUAUUUGCUGGAGAUGCCUUUGAAAUGAGUGAAGACUAUAGACGGCUGAAAAGUUUAUUUAUAGAUUUCUUCCGAGGACCUACUGUGUCUGGUGUUCGUCUGGCUGGCCUGGAACAUGUCUUGCAUUUUACAGCAGUUGAUGGAAAGGUUUUUAUGCGUAGCUACAAGGUGCUAAUGAAGAAAUCUGGAUGCAGGACACCAAGAAUUGAACUUGAAGAAAUGGGACCCUCGUUUGACUUUGUGGUCAGGAGGACUCAUCUGGCUUCUGAUGACUUGUUCAAACUUUCCCUCAAACAACCCAAAGCCCUGAAGGCAAAGAAGAAAAAGAACAUAUCUCAUGAUGCUUUUGGUACCAAAUUUGGGCGCAUCCAUAUGCAAAAGCAAGAUCUUAGUAAAUUGCAGACAAGAAAAAUGAAAGGCCUGAAAAAGAGACCAUCUGACACAAUGGAAGCAGAAGAUGAACCCAUAACAAGCACUAAGAAAGUUAAGCAGAAUUAGUGGAAUCUUGCAGUGUUUGUAAACUAGUUAAGGCAGGAACAGACCAUGCUAAAAGACUGCUGGUUUUGGUGGCUGCAUCCUGUAAAAGACUUUUAUUAUGCCUGUAUAACCAGAUAUCAAAAAAACUGGACUACCCUACUAUAUCUAAUGUGGUUUAAAGAUUUUAGGCCCAACCCCGUCCAUUAAAUUUAAUCAUGUUUCUGGUUUCUCGAGAGACUACAUUUUGAAGAGGUUGGAAAGUUUUGGGAAAAACAUCUUGCAAGGGUUUUAUGCAGCUGUACCAGAUCAUGUACAUCUGUUUGCUGUAAUAAAACAUACUUAUUAUUUGCAACACCAUGGUUCACCAUAACUGUCCUCCGUAUACCCCCUUAUAUUUUUUUAUCAUGGCAGUGAAAACUAAACAUCAACAAGAAUGUGUAUUUAAAAUGACAGAAUUACAUUUUUGAAUUUUGUUGGCUUUCCGGUAAAUUAUUACAUGAAACAAAUAAUUUUUCAGCACAUGGUAUAACCCACACUGUGGCGCUUACCAGCUAUUAGAAGCUCACUUGUACUAGCGCUUGGUCUGACCCACACACUAGUAAUGACCAGCGCUAGAAACAAUAAAAAAAACAAAAUUAUUUGUACACAAAAGGGAGGUCGAAUAUGAUUGCUAGCACACAGUUUCUAUUUACAAAAAAAAGUUUUAGUACCUCACUUAGCUUUCAUCUCAUGGAAGUAAAUACCUUUCUAAAUUUAAUAGAUAAAAUAUUCUGUACUGUUUUUAAUACAAAUGUUACUCUUCAGUUCUCGGCAACUGUCUUUCCUUAUGCAGCCUUGUGUUGGAUCUGAUUUUGAUGGACAGGUAGGUUGGAUACAUUGGUGGGUGCUCCCUUUGCCUAGGCUAAGUAUUAGGCCUAACUUGUAGUCUGCACAUCACUUGUUGAGAAAUAGCAGGUGUAAUUGCCACAGUCCAUAUGGUACGUUUUAAUUGGAUUUAGAAGCCCAGUCAAAGUUGUUCAUUCAUGUCCACACAUAGCAGUGCUACUACUUUGCCACUUAUCAUCAUAGGCUGAGUAGGGUAUUUUAUUAAUGCAAACAGCUUUUCAUUAUGCAAUAUUUAAAUUCUAAUUAAAUUUAACUUGGUUAAUAGGCAGAUCAAGUUCCUGUAAGUAGAGCAUGCUUUAUGAACAAACAAAUGCUGUUAUAUGUAUGCGAUUUUAUUUUAUUCCUAUAGUUUCCAGCUCACUAACUUUUUACUUUAUUUGCUAUCCAACUCUUUGGUAUCUGAUUAUUAUUUUAACAUUAAAAUAUAUUUAGCAUAUUUAAUUCUACUAUUAAGAGUUUCAAAAGAGUACAUGUGUUGGCUGCCUUGGUCUAGGACCUAAAGAGCAUUACUGCUUUGAGGGUUACAAUUUGGUACAGGUAGGGGAUCCCUUAUCAGGAAACCCGUUAUCUAAAAAGUUCUGAAUUACGGAAAGGCCAUCUCCCAUAGACUCCAUGAUAAGCAAAUAAUUCAAAUUUUAAAAAAUGAUUUCCUUUUUCUCUGUAAUUAUGAAACAGUACCUUGUACUUGAUCCCAACUAAGAUAUAAUUAAUCCUUAUUCUAGGCAAAACCAUCCUAUUGGGUUUAUUCUAAAUUUAAAUUAUUUUUAGCAUGGUGGUAUAGUAUGGAGAUCCAAAUUACGGAAAGAUCCCGUAUCUCGAAAACCCCAGGUCCCAAGCAUUCUGGAUAACAGGUCCCAUACCUGUACUACUAGUUGUUUUGCAGCAGGCCCAAACUGGCAUUCUGUCGAUUCUGGUAAAUGCCAAUGUAAUAAAAAUUGAAAUAAUCUGUCUUUUCAAGGUAUAAGGAAUAUUUAUAACCUCAGAAUUUGUGUUCCACUAUUUUUCUUCCAAAUCAAUCACUCAGCAUUGGUUUUAUGCAUCAUUAAAUGAAGAGGUAUUUGCUGCCUUCAUGAAACUAUACAAUAGGGAGAUAUACUAAUAUGGAUCUUGAAUUUAAGAAGCAAUAUAUGUUUCUGGCUUUUAGUUUUUUUUCCCUUUGGUGGGGGGAAUGUUAUGUGUCUGUAAUGGCUGUGAUUAGAUGGAUUGGGCCUAGCUCAAUACCUAAAAGGUCCUUGCCUAUAAUGUACACAUCAGGUCCAUGACUACAGAUAUCAAAGCAAACAGAACACAAUUACAAUGAACCAAAACUCAGAAUAGUCCGCCAGCAAAACAUCACAGGUAAUCUGGCCUGGUGAAGGUAUAAACUUAAUCUGUUACAGGGUUUAACUCUUGCAAAGCAGACAUGAAGAUACAAGUAUAUAUACCUAAUCAAUAUAUAAAGUUUUACAUUUUACAUACUGUUCUUAAAAUUGUUUUAAAAGGAAGCAGCUCAUUAUCAUGAUCCUGUUGCUUGUUUUGCAACAGAAAAGGUAAUGGGAUAUAAUUAGAUAAGAAGCAGAACUGAAUUAGGAUAUUGUUUAUUCGGUUAGUAGUCACUGAAUUGUUUACUUUCCAUUGGAAACAGACAUCUGCUCCUGCUUCUUCUACCAGAACCAAUUUUGCAUUAGCUGAUAAUGCAUUUAUUUUUAGCCAAGAGUGGAAGCAUCAGAUGAUGGUAUUCCAUAUUUUUUCAAUUUCAUUUUUUCAGACCUAUGGAAAGUAAUGGCAGUUGUAAUACAGUAGCUAAACUGGAUUAUCUUCCUUUUAUGUGUAUACCUGUCAUCAUAAUCUGAUUUUGUGUCUAUUUGUGGUUUUGCUGUCUUUAAAUAAACACUUGUACAUAGA